AUGAGUGAUCCAGAACCCUGCAGAAUGAAACACACUGAAGAUACUGAAGAACAAAGAGAUAUGAUUAAAGAGGAGGAGGAGAGUGAAGAACUGAGUGAAGUGGAGGAGAAACAUCACGUCAAACCUGGAGAAAAACCUUUGAGUCGCUCAAAGACUAAAAACACAUUUUUAAAGAAAAGAAGAGCCAAGAAAUCUACAACCUGCACUCAGUGUGGAAAGAGUUUCACAACUAAAUAUCUUGAGCAGAUUCACAUGAGGAUCCACACUGGAGAGAAGCCGUUCACAUGUGAUCAAUGUGGAAAAACAUUUAUUAGGGCAUCACACCUGAAGACACACCUGACAGUUCAUACAAAGGUGAAGCCAUAUUCAUGUUCUGUGUGUGGAAAGAGUUUUUCACAGCUGGCACAUUUAAAAGUACAUCAGAAAAUACACACUGGUGUGAGAGAGUUCAUGUGCUUUGAAUGUGAGAAGAUUUUUACUACAGGGGGCGAUUUAAAAAAACACCAGAGAAUUCACUCUGGAGAAAAACCUUACAAGUGUUCACACUGUGACAAGAGAUUCAGUUGUUCAUCAUCUCUGAAAAGACAUGAGAGGAGUACUCAGUGUAGAAAGAGUUUCUCAAACAAACAAAAUCUUAAGCGUCACAUGAAGAUUCACACUGGAGAGAAGCCAUAUGUAUGUGGACAAUGUGGAAACAGUUUCCCAUACAAACAAAGUCUUGAUGUUCACAUGAGGAUGCACACUGGAGAGAAGCUGUUCACAUGUGAUCAAUGUGGGAAAACAUUUCCAUUGGCAUUAUCUCUGAAGAGACACCUGACAGUUCAUACGAAGGAGAAGCCACAUUCAUGUUCUGUGUGUGGAAAGAGUUUUUCAUGGCUGCAAAGUUUUCAUAGACAUGAGAAAAUACACACUGGUGUGAGAGAGUUUGUGUGUUUUGAGUGUGAGAAGAUUUUUAUUUCAGCAAACUGUUUAAAACGGCACCAGAGGAUUCACACUGGAGAAAAACCUUACAAGUGUUCACACUGUGACAAGAGAUUCAAUGUGUCAUCAUCUCUGAAAAAACAUGAGAAGAUCCACACUGGAGAAAAACCUUACAAGUGUUCACAUUGUGAAAAGAGAUUCAAUCAAUCAUCAAAUCUGAAAACACAUGAGAAGAUCCACAGCAAAAAGAAGCUGCACACUUAAGUUAGGGCUGGACAAUUAUGACCUGAAAUCAAAACCUCAAUUAAUUGAACAUUUUACCUCAAUUACGAUUAAUGAACGAUUAUUUUGUUUCUGGGUUUUCUUUUGUUUUUUGCCCACAGAUCAUUUUCAAGGUUUGAUUGACUAAUAAAGGUGGGAUAUUGUUUCCUAUUGAAAGAGUGAUCUGACAUAACAGCUCACUUUCAGCAGUUAUUGUAUCUUUGUUUAGUAUCAUUUCUUACUGGGGCCGUAUUCACAAAACAUCUUAAGGCUAAAAGUAGCUCCUAAC